GACGUGAUGACGCAAUUUCUGCCUCGUUGGAGGGUGAUUUCAUCCGGAAGCCGAAGAGACGAAAAAAAUAACUAGACGGGAAGAGAAGAGAAGAGAAGAGAGACGGAACCGAACCGGACCGGACCGCCUGUUUAUAUAAAGAGUUUGGAUCGAACACACACGGAUCAGUGAGAGAUGUCUCUGAGUGAUGAGCUGCAGGAGACGGAGGGGGCGGAUGUGUUCGGUCUGUUGUUCCCCGAUCCUGGAGACGACGAUCUCUUCUUUUCUGAGGGGACCAACCUGAUCGACGGCCUGCUGUCUGAACACGACAUGCUGAGUGCAGUGGACACAGAGGACUUCCUGACUCGUCUCCUGGGUGAGGAGGACGACGGUCUCUCCGCUCCGUGUGUCUCUCUCUCUCCGCUGGGGAGCGACAGCGGGAUCUCCGACGACCCGAGCUCGAGUCCCCACAGCGAGCCGGACUGCGUGAUGGAGGGCGUGAUGGAGGGCGUGGUCGGGGGCGUGGCCGAGUGUUACGAUGCCCAGGCGGUGGAGACGGAUCACUGUUACGCCUUACACAGCGUGCGCACGGACAAACCCGACACUGAUGUGUUUAUCGACUUCGACGAUAUGGACGAGAGCCUGAGUCCUGACGUGUCCACCGAGCUGCCCUGCUCUCUCACUAUAGAGGAGAACACGCUGAGCGACAAGCUCGAGCACAUGUUCCACUUUAAGGAGAUCGAGCUGACUGAUGAGGAGCGGCGACUUUUAGCCAAGGAGGGUGUGACCAUCCCGACACACAUGCCCCUCACCAAGGCGGAGGAGAGAUCUCUGAAGCGUGUGAGGAGGAAGAUCAGGAACAAACAGUCUGCACAGGAAAGUCGCAAGAAGAAGAAGGUGUACGUGGACGGUCUGGAGAACAGGGUUGCAGUGUGUACGGCUCAUAAUCAGGAGCUGCAGAAGAAGGUGGAGCUGCUGCAGAAACAAAACAUGUCCCUGAUGGAGCAGUUGAGGAAGCUCCAGGCCAUAGUGAAGGUCAGCACCAUGAAGACCAGCACCACCAGCACCUGUAUCAUGGUGUUCUUGCUGUCGUUCUGUCUGAUUAUUUUUCCGUCCUUCAACCCGUUCGGCAGCUCUGUGCAAAAAGAUGUGUACACUACCUCAGGCAUGUCUCGCACUCUGCGUUCGUUUCCCACGAUGCCCAAAUCUGACGUCGUGCUUGGCUCUAGCGAGGUGGUCGAGAAGGAGGCGGAGCCUGCGCCGAUGGUGGAGAAUAAUCAGAUCCUCCUGAACCAGACGCCCGACUACCAGCAGCUCGACCAGUCCGACUCCGAGACGGCCGUCAACAGCAACUCGUCCUCCGACUUCCCGUCCAACACCAUCGCACACGCUCAGACGCAGACGCACGCGCGCUCGGGCUCGGCAGCGCCCCCGGUGGUGUACGACGGUCAGAGCGCGGGGAGGGAGAGCUGGCGGGAGCAGCCGGCCACCGCGGUCAUUAUACAGCAACAUCGCUCUGAUGAGAUGUAGACACACACACACACACACACACACACACGGGACAGAGUGUAAUAUUAUGAUGAUGUUAUUGUUUUAGCUCUCAGUGGGCGGCGCUGCGAUAAUCAGACACGUCACAAAAUCAGUGAGUCCAUAAACACGCGGCCCACUGACGCAGCGCCAUGCGGUCGGGAUGAGGGACGUAUAAUCAGCUCUUAUUUUGCCAAUUUAAGAUUUUAAUCCCCUCGCAAGAUGGUGGUAUGUAUAAAUUUUGGCGCCCUCAGUGCCAUAUAAAGGGGCUUUUACUUUAGACUCCUUCUCACAGUGCACUGUUAGAUUAAAUUAAAAAAAAUAAUAAUAAAUAAAUAAAUAAAUAAUGACGCACUUUCUUCACACCCACGUCUCUGACGAUACACACUUUCUCAGAAGCAGGAGUCAGUGGGGAGGAUGAAUAUGAUGAAGAUGAUGAUGAUGAUGGUGGUGUGUGUUUAUUUUUGAGCUGUAGCAGGGCAUUACAUCAUCAUCAUCAUCGUCACAGCAGAUGAAAGUUUCCUGUGUGUGAGAUGAAGGAGGAUCCACUCAGGAAUCGUGAGCUGUUCUGUAAAUAAUCACGUGAAUGGAGGACGGAUUCACGUCUGUGGACGUUUCGUGUAAAAUAUAAAUGUGUCUUUGAUCUUGUAAUGAUCGUGCUGUAAAUAACGCUAGGGCGUCCGGAUUAAACCAGAAAUCUGCUCUGUAUUAUUGUUCUUAUUAUUAUUAUACAUGUCUAUCAGUGAGGUGCUUCACUUUUCUCUGUAUUUGAUUUUUAUUUGCCUGCUGAUUGUUUUGGCCGUUGCACUGAUGACGCGUCCGUGCUCUGAAUGUUUAAUGUCAUUUAUAUGUAAAUGUUUAAGAUGAAUAAGCUGAUUAAACGAACAUUCCCUUUUUGUUUUA